AUGGCCGUCGGCGUCGGGUACAUGACAAUAUCGCAUCCGCAACCCACGCUCACGCCCGUGCCCCGCAUGUCCCGUAUCUCCGAUCUCGUGCGAGACUCCAAGCUUUCCACCGAGUUCACUUCCGAGUGUACAACGCAUACGUUUUUCGGGUCGACACUUGUGCCAGGCAAGCGGCGCUCCCGGCGGCAAAGACAGGAAGAACGAUGGACCAAGUCCAAGCGCUUGGGACACGGAUCGUUUGGGGUUGUUUGGUUGGAGGAGUGCGUAGCAGGGAGGAUUGGCAGGCUGCGAGCUGUGAAGGAGAUUAGGAAGGAAACUGUGGGGUUUCAAGAGGAGGAAUAUAAUCGGGAGUUAGAGGCGAUUGCUAAAUUCUCGCAUACUCGGUAUGAUGACUUCUUUGUUCGGUCGUUUGGUUGGUUUGAGAGCCCGGAAUCGGUUUUCAUUGCUAUGGAAUACAUCAGACACGGGGAUCUCCAGCAGUACCUCAACCAGCCAUUGGCGGAAGAGGAGGCUAAGCAGAUAGUGUGCCAGAUUCUGGAGGGUCUUGAGUGCAUGCAUGACAAUGGAUUUGCACAUCGGGAUUUGAAGCCAAAGAACUUAUUUGUCGUCACUAGAGGCCCAAAUUGGUGGGUGAAAAUCGGCGACUUUGGACUCAGCAAGCGUGUCGAGCGAGGCACGACCGUGCUAAAGACAAUCAACGGUACGCCGGGGUAUAUUGCACCGGAAAUUCUCGAACAGAUGCUUGAGGUCGACGGGGAUGAUGAGUGCGGUUAUACAUUUACAGUAGACCUUUGGUCACUUGGAGUGACCACAUUCUACAUCUUGACUGGGAAAUUACCUUUUCCACGAAAUAAUGACCUUCUGAAAUAUGCCAGAGGCGACUCGAGCAUGGAAAUGCUCUGCGCAGGUCACAGUCAGAUCAGUCAAGAUGCAACUUCCUUUUUGAAAUGCAUCAUGGCAGCAAUGGCGCGGGAUCGGGGUACUGCGGAAGAAGCUUUGCGCCAUCCCUGGCUGCAGAGUGUACAGCAGACGUCGCUACCAGGAUCUCCCCUAAGUGGUGCCAAGGCAUCGACCCCAGGAGCCAUGUCUGAGUUGGGUCUAUCUGAAAGUUCCAGUGAAUCUGAGGUUGGGCCAGCAACGUGGACCACGAGGGUAACGUCCCGGUCAUCGUCUAGAAUGCCAGGCCGUGAUUUAUCGACACGAAGGAGUCGAGUAACCCGUUCUCGCAGCAGAGAUUCGAUUCCGUUGAUUAAGCUAUGGCUCGAAGAAGAUAGUCCAUCUAAUGCCGAGCGGUCGUCUGUUCGCUCUGAGGCGCGGCAUAGUCUUGAUUCAUACACCAGACAUCGUCCAUCCAUCCGAUCACCACCACGUCAACACCGCGUAUGGAAUGGAGAGCUAUAUGCUCACACCAAGUGUUUUAUGAGAACACCGGACGGGUGCGGAUGGGUCAGGAUGGACAAAGAUCUGAUUCGUCCUGAAGUCUUGCUAGCAUACAAGCAACCGUUCCAUGUGAAGGACGACUGCCUUUAUAUCGAAGGAGAGCUUCUGCAGGAAACGUUGGAUUUCUAUGUCGACGAAUCAUGGGAAUAUACCAAGCCCCAGGCGAAAGAGAUACUUGCUGACGUCCCGCCUUCCGCACAACCUCGGAGCAGGAAACCGUCACCGAGUCAGCAUCGGAACAAUCCAGAAUCAAAGGAUAAGAGCGCGAAGCUGAAAGUCCCGAGGAAGGGGGUCAGAUUUGACACUCGUCCUCCAGUUAUAUUAGAAGGUCCUUGGCGAAGACGAGAAACGAUCCCCUCCCAUGCGGAUUCAGACUCCGAUUCUAGACUAUCAUCAUGGAACCUCCUGCAUGAUACUGAGUCAGACAAUGAAGAGCUCGAAUGGAAUCGCUCAGAUUGGGACACCCAGGUACAUACAGGGGCUGGAUCACUGUCUGGGCUCCCGGCUGGGCCGCCUGGGAGCAUGAUGUAUGGCAGGUCGCAGCCGGGCCUUGGGCAGCGCGCAUAUGAGUGGUUGGAACGUAUUUUCUUGCCGGCUGAGAAUCAGUCAUGA